AUGGCCGGAGUUGACAGUGACCCGAAAGCUCAUCCAUAUGAGCCUACUCAGAUCUCUGAUGUAGACACCGAGCCUCAAACUACAGCUACUACUGAAUAUAAGCGCCACCCACUCUACUCCCCAAAGGAAUGGCUUUUGGAAUCGAUCAGUUCGAUUCUGGCCCUGUUCCUCCUCAUUGGAAUUGCCAUUAUCUUCUCGUAUAUGGACAACAAGCCUCUCUCUGCCUGGCGCGGCGGUAUCUCUCUCAAUGCAACAGUUUCGAUUCUGACGACUGCAUGUACCACGGCGUUGAUGCACGGUGUUAGCUCAUUUAUUGGACAGUCUAAAUGGCUUCACUUCAAGAACGGGCCUCGCAAGCUGACCGACUUUGAAACAUUUGACGGAGCGAGUCGGGGUGUUUGGGGUUCUAUUAUGAUGCUUACCACCGUCAAAUGGAAUAUAGCCACCAUCGGCGCAUUCAUCACGAUCUUGCGGCUUACGUUCUCGCCAUUUGCGCAACAGGUGGUUCUAAUUAACCAGCGACCCGUCAUCUCUUCUACCGACACCGCCAGCUUCGGAUAUGCGCACAAUUACAGCGUGGGUGCACAGAGUGGCCUUGCUAACUCUGGUAUCCAGAGCAUCCCGCAGGACCCCGAUAUGCAGUCCGCCAUCUUCCAGGGCCUGUAUGGCGUCAAUACCAGUGAACCUUUCACCUGCCCUGGAGAAUGUCGCUGGACCGACUCAUACAUAUCAAUUGGGUUUAAGGCCGAGUGCAGGAACGUCACCCAGGAAACAAUGCAGGCAGCCACCUGUUCGGGUGGUAAAUUUUCGCUACAACGAUGCAAUAUGACAACGCCAGGCGGCAUUAACAUUUCAACUCGCUAUGGAUUUACCGAUUUGGCGACAUCGUACUACAUGAAUGCAACCUCACUGGUGAAGUUCGAUCCAGCAAAUCCUGGAUUGCGAGAUACCUUCCCCGAAAUCGCUCGGUUCGGAAUCUAUAGAUCCAGCCCCGACUACAAUUUUAUAAUGCGCGACAUCAACAUCACAGAGUGCUCCCUCUUUCUCACGGCCUACGAAUACACAGGUGCCAAGGCCAAUGGUAGUGAUUUCUCUGCGAACAGGCGGGAGGUCGAUUUCGGUAUGAAGAAUCCCUGGGCACUCUUGCCCGACGGAAGGGAAAGCAAGUUCCAACACGUCUACACCAAUGAGACAACAAGCGGUGAUACCCAUAUUCCUGCGCUUGGAAUGAGCUACGCUGGUCUCUACGCAGUGGUAAAUUUCUUCCAGUCCACGACAAUGGCUACCGAGUGGGUCGAUGGGAACUAUGACAAUACAAACCUUGGUGUCGCCGCGACUUUGAGUGGCGAUGUGGACCUUGGCGACCGGUUCAACAAAAUGGCGACUGCUAUGACGAACUACCUGCGGUAUGGUCCGAAUACCCAGCCUGCACAUGGAGAAAGAAUUCAGAGCGAGCCAUAUGUUUCCAUCCGUUGGGGGUACUUCAUUGUCCCCAUUGUGACUGAGGGGUUAGCGAUUUUGUUCGCCAUCUUCAGUAUUUUGAGCAAUCGUCAGAGCCGUCAUGUUCCCUUGUGGAAGUCUUCGACGCUUGCUGUUCUGGCUUGCGAACAUAACGAGCGACUUGGGCUCCUGCAGACUACGGGCAAGGAUCUUAAUGAAAUUGAGGACGAGGCGAAAAAGGCUAAGGUAGCGCUACGAUAA